AUGGCAACAUUAUUAUUCUUAAUUCGACUCUUCUAUAUUAUUAUAAUCACAUCUGCUAUAAUAAUUUCAAAUUUCAGGUCCUUAAAGAUUUCAAUCCUUUCCUACGGAAAGUUUGGAACAUCAACGCAGUUCACUGCGAAAAAUCAAAUUGAGGCAUAUAUACAAAAUUUAACUGUUCCAAAACAAUGGUUUAAACAUUAUUAUAUUGUUGGGACUCUUUGGGCUGCAUUUCUUAUUACUGAUGUCAUUAUUUUACAAAAUAGAAAUAGAGGAUAUUUUGCAUGGUUCGUUCAAAUCUUUGAUAGUGCUGAAAAAUAUGAGCUAGAUUAUUUUAAAGAGCCAGUUACAGAAUGUAUAAUUGGAUUGGUAAUAAUUCAAGUUCAGACUGUUAGAAGAAUGUAUGAAUGUUUUUUUAUUGAAAGGCCUUCAGUUGGCGCCAAAAUGCAUAUAGGACUUUAUCUGCUGGGUUUGGCUUUUUAUAUUGCAACUGGAUUGUCUGUGUUUAUUGAAGGCAUUGGAAAUUUUGGAAUUCUUGAUAAUAAGGAUAAAGAAACAAAUUUAUUUAUAAUUCAUUCUGAAAACUUUUUAUCUUGGAACAUAUUACUUGCUAUAUUUGUCUUUAUUUAUGCUUCAUAUCAUCAACAUAUACUUCACAAAAACCUUGCAAUGCUUCGCCGCAAAGGUUCUUCUACUCUUUACUCUAUUCCAAAAGGUGAUUGGUUUGAUCAUAUUUCAUCAGCUCAUUAUACAGCUGAAAUUGUAAUUUAUUUUAGCUUUGUAAUUCUUACUAAAGGAUUUAAUUUAACUAUCUGGCUUACUUUUAUUUGGACGAUUGUUUGUUUGGGAAUUAUUGCUGAAAAUUCUGAAAAAUGGGGAAGAGAAAAGUUUGGUGAGGAGUGGCCUAAAAAUAGAUGGAUUAUUAUGCCUGUUUCAUCUUGCACUGAUAAAAUGUUAUUUGCAAACUAUUAA